AAGACCAAAAGAGGAUGUGUGUACUUCUGAUGAUAGUCACAUUCUUACAUCAUAUUCAAGGAACACACUUGAUCAGUUCUUGCUGUCGCUGGAUUGUGAUCGGAUCUGUUUUUUCUCUGGAUAUCUGUGAGACUGAAGUCAAUCUGGAAUGAGGGCUGCCAUCAUCAUCUUCAUCACUCUCUGCCUGAUCUCAGGUCAGGUACUUUGUUUCAUGGUGAUUGGAUGCGCUGGAGGGAGUUUGAUGUUCAAGUGCAUGAUCUCAAACCAGAGAAAGACUGAGGAACAGCGUAAAGGAAAUUAUUUCUGCAGACGGAGGGGCUGUACAUCAGGCAUCAGUUCUGAGCUUCAGCGUCAUUGGGAUUAUAACGAAAGAUUCGCUCUGUAUGAUGAUGGAAACAGCAGAUUCUUCACAGUGUUUAUCAGGAACCUCAGCAGAGAGGAUGAUGGGAAAUAUGCGUGUGGAAACAAUCAGAAAUCUCAUGAUGUUGAUUUAGAGGUGAACAGAGAGUCUGGUUGUGGGACGUCUGUUAUCCUGGACGAGUAUGUUGGAGAAACGAUCUCUUUCCACUGUGAAUUUGAUCAUGAGUUUAAAUCACGCACCAAAGUCUUCUACAGAAUGAAAGAGGGUCCUGUCCAUGUGCUGAACAGCUCACAAUCAUCACAAUCAUCUGAGGAGAAGAUCAUUCUGUCUGACAGUCAUGAAGAUCAGUUUACUGUGAAAAUCAGAGACAUUUCUGCAGACGACGGAGGAGUUUAUUUAUGUGGAGUGGAGAGAUACGGAUCAGAUCCAUCAAUUACUCACAUAACCUUCAUUAAAGAGAUUCAGCUGAAUGUUUACACAGGUCGAAUCACUUCUGUCCAGGUUCAGGCCUACUCCAGUAAAUCAGUCUUCAUCACGUGUAAAUUUCCACAAGAGUUCAGAAGAAACAAGAAAUUCAUCCAGAAAGAUUCGAAGAUCCCUGUUGAUGAACAGAAUCAAUGGGUCCGUCAUGAUAAAGUUCACAUGUAUGAUGAUUCCAGUGAAGGACUUCUGAAGGUUUUUAUCAGUGAUUUAAAUGAAAAUGAUGGAGGAACGUACAGGUGUGGAGUGAAUAUCGCUGAUGAUGAUCUGUUCUCUGAGGUCAAACUCACAGUAAAUCAAGUUGGUCAUUUUCGUGCAUCAAGUAAAGCAUCUGCUGUUAUUGGUGAAAGUGUGAAUCUCACCUGUGAUUUCCCUGAGAAACACGGCGAGACCUUCAAACACAUCUGCAGAGAGAACGAGCAGAAGAUAUGUGAGAACAUCAGUUCAUCAGAGCAGAAACGCUUUGAGUUUUCUGUCAGUUCAGCAGGAGUUUUUACAGCGAUCAUCAGUAAUGUGAGCGAGAGAGAUGCUGGAGUUUACUGGUGUGGAGCAGAAACCAGAGACACACAUCUGACUUCUGUCUCUCUCACCAAUCAACAUCAACUCACAGUGACCAUGCCUCCAGUGGUCGGACGUGAAGGAGAUUCAUCAGAGAUCAAAUGCCCUUAUAAUGAAAAACAUUCAAGAGAAGUAAAGCAUCUUUGCAAAGGAAAGUGUUUCACUGAAGAUGCUCAAAAUAUCAUUCGAUCAGAUGAAUCCCAUGUUAAUAAAAAGAUUUCAGCAAAGGAUGAUCGUGAACUCAAUCUCUUCACUGUGACCUUGAGUGAGCUGAGAGCAGAGGAUGCUGGGAUAUACUGGUGUGCAGUGAGAGAUGAGUUUAAUCUUCCCACUGAACUCAUGAUCGUCAUGAAAGAUGCGGUCACUCGUGAAGCGUCUGUCGGAGGAUCAGUGUCCAUCAGCUGUAAGUUCAUCAGGAAUCACACGAGGUUUUUCUGCAGAGGAGAUCAGCCGAACAUCUGUGUCCGAGAUGGAGUUCGUGUUUCAUCGAAUAAGAGAAGAAAUGGCCGAUUCUCUGUGACUGACGAAACCUCAGCUGGAGUCUCUACUGUGAACAUAUUAACCUGACAGAAGAGGAUUCUGGGAAAUAUUGGUGCGCAGAGGAGAGUUCUGGGUCGUUCAUUUUCACUGAAGUUCAUCUACGUGUGAUCGGAGGCUCUUCUAUGAUAGUUGCUGUUUCUGUGGGUUUGAUCCUGCUGGCUGUGUGUUUAGUGCUCGUGUUGUUCAUAAUAAAAUACAACUGUAAACACG